AUGGCGGAAGAGGCUCCCGUCGACUAUUCGCUGUCGAACCCCGACGUGCUCACCAAGUACAAGACGGCUGCACAGAUCUCACAGAAAGCACUCGAGACAAUCUCUGGGUGGUGCGUGGAAGGCGCGAAGGUCCUCGAGAUCUGCCAGCGCGGCGACAAACUCCUCGAGGAUGAGAUUGCCAAAGUGUACAAGGGCAAGAAGAUCGCAAAAGGCAUCUCCAACCCUUGCACGAUCUCUCCAAGCACCUACGUCACCCCCUACACCCCUCUCGUAUCCGACGCAGAAGAGGCAGGGACCACGCUCAAGGCGAACGAACCCGUGAAGAUCCAGUUGGGCGCGCAGAUAGAUGGCUUCGGUGCGAUCGUCUGCGACACAGUACCGGCGCGUGCGAAGUCGGAUGGCGACAGUGCGAUCACUGGUCGUGCGGCCGACCUCAUGCUGGCAACACACUGGGCCAAUGAGCUUCUGCUACGCAUGAUGCUCCCACCUGGUCUGCUUGCAACCGGAUCGGAGGAAGAGCAGAAGAAGGCUCGCGCACAGCGUCCUUACACCCAGUCAAAGAUCACGCAGCUGUUGGAAAAGCUGGUGAAGUCCUACGACUGCAAUCUGGUCGAGAACACAACCUGCUGGCUCUUCGAGCGGAACGACAUCGAGGGCAAGAAGAAGAUCAUCCUGGCGCCGGGCGACGGAGCCAAGGGAGAGGGGCUGCCGGAGGUUGGUGACGUCUGGGGCGUGGAGAUGGGCGUCAGUACUGGGACCGGCAAGGUCAAGACGCUGAACAACCGCGCCACUCUCCACAGACGAACCGCCACGACGUACGGUCUCAAGCGUCCAAGCUCCAGGGCCACCCUUUCAGAGAUCCAGAAGAAGUUCGGCACGUUCCCGUUCAGCUUGAGGCAGUUGGACGACGAGCGCGCGGGCAAGAUCGGUAUUGUGGAGUGUGUUCGCGGAGGCGUGGUGCGGCAGUACGAAGUUCUCGGCUCGACUGAUGGCGAGCCAGUGGGUAGGCUGCACACGACCAUUGCAAUUACGAAGAACGGCCUGCAAAAGUUAGCCGCGCCGCCUUCGCCAGACCUCGAGAAGGUGAAGAGCGACAAGAAGAUCACCGACGAGGAGAUUCUCAAGAUCCUGGAGCUGCCGCUGGCGAAGCCAAGCAGCGCGAAGCCCAAGAACAAGAAGAAGAAGAAGAAGUCGGCGAAGAAGGCACCAGCCGUGAAGCAGGAGGAAGAAGAUGAUGAUGAGGAUUCCGACGAGGACUCGGACGACGAGUGA